AUGCUCGGAUUCGGCGGGAACAGGCUCAGCGUUUAUGGAACGAAGAUUUCUUACGAUACAGAAUGGAGCGGUCCUCUGAACGUAAAACGAAAAGCAGAAAACAUACCCUUCGCAAUCGCUUAUUAUUUGUUCGUCGCCUUAUGGGUCGGGGUAGCUACAUACGCGAUGACGGCCGGCGACGCGAGAGACAACGACUUCUACCACGAAUCUGAGGAUUUUGUCUUCAAAGAAGGAUGGACCAUAGCCAUCGUAUUCCCGUUGGCCAUCUUCACGUCGAUAUUGUUCCUGUGCCUGUUGAGAAUCGCCGCCAAGCCCUUGGUUUACGGUAUCAUCGGCUUGAUUUUCGUCGUUCUCUUUGGUCUGGUGCUCGUCACGGGUAUCAUGCUGUUCAGCCCGCACACGGAGGGUCUCCUCGGUUGGUUCAUCGUGGCGGUCGUGCUGCUGAUCGCCUUCCUCGUGCUGUUCUUCGUCAAGUACAGAUUCGUCCCGGUGAUCUGCGAGCUCGUUCGAGAGGGGGCCAAAGCCGUUUUAGCCUUUCCGUCGAUGUUCCUGUACUCGCUGUGCCAGACCGUCCUCGUGUUGAGCUUCUCGAUCUUCAACAUCUCCCUGUUUUACACGAUCGACUCGAUCGGCAGCGAGGACGACUAUCCUGCCCACUUGACCUUCUGUCACUCCGUCAAUGGCUUGGCCCUCGUCUGGAUCAACUGCCACCUGUUCGCCUUUUUCAAGGUCAGCGCGUCGGGAGCCUACGGCACCUGGUACUGGACCACGAACAAGAAGGACGUGCCGAGGUUCACCGCGUUGCGCUUCAUCUACAUCGCGUUGAGAUACCACAUCGGCCCGACGGCCUUCGGCUCGCUGGUCAUACUCGUCUGCUACGCACUGCAGUUGCUGAUAUACACGUUUUCGUCGUCGUCCAACGACGAGACGCCCGGCGCGUACGAGUGCUGCAUGACCUGCUGCCGGACGGCUCUGUACUGCGUCAAGGUCGUCGUCGAGGCGGUCACCGGCAUGGCCUACAUUCGCAUCGGGCAUCACGGCAGCGGCUUCGUCGACGCGGCUCGAGCGUCAUUCGGUGUCUUCAAGAGAAAUUACGCGAAGAUCAUCAUUCUGUCGCGGAUCACGACGGCUUUGUGCAUAUUCAUUAAGCUGAUGAUCGUAAUCCUGUCGUUGCUAUUAUUUUGGGGACUGCUGUCUUCGCAAUCGGUUAAAUUAGAAGAAAGAUUAGGCACACUGUUCCUUCUUGGGCUUUGCAUCUACAUCGUGGUCAAUGCAGAACUUCGCUUACUGCAGAUAGCCAUUGAAAACAUGUUUUUGUGUGUGCUCGAAGAUUACGAGAUGAACAGCGGCAGCCAGAGAUCUUACCACAUGUCGAAGAAGUUGAAAGAAUUAGUUAUCGAGAAUAGACUGGAGUAG